AUGGCUCCUGCUGCUCCAAGCUUCAACAACUUAACAAUCGAAUCCCCUCCCGACGCCCUAGGCGUGCAUGUAAUACUGAUGCACAAGGCCCCCGAGAACCGCUUGAACGUGGAAUACGCACAGACAAUCAUCUCCGCGCUACGGUAUGUCGAGACGAAUCUCAUCCAGCCAGACUCUCCGGGGGCAGUCGUCCUAUCAUCCUUCUCCGACAAGUUCUGGUGCACGGGGCUAGAGCUGGACGAAGGCGACAGCAACAUGUACGCCAACGCCGACGGCUUCUACCCACUCCUCGCGACACUGGUCGACUACCCCUACCCCACGGUCGCGCUGGUAACGGGCCACACGUUCGGCGGCGCCUGUCCGCUGAUGCUGGCGUGCGACUACCGCGUGAUGAACAGCAAGCGUGGCUUCAUCAGCAUGCCGCCCGUCAACCUGGGCUUGCAUUUCGACGGCAUCGGCGCGCUGCCGCGGCUGAAGCUGCAGCCGCAGAUCGCGCGCAAGAUGUUGCUCGAGGCUCACAGGUGGACAGGCCAGGAGGCUCUGCAGGACGGCAUUGUCGACGAAAUCUGUCCUCCAGACCAGAUGAGGCGGCGUGCCGUCGAGCUGGCUAAGUCUGUGGCUCCGCGCGCCUCGAUGGGCGUGUAUGGUCUCUUGCGGGCCGAGUUGUGGGGUGAGGCGCUGGACAAGUUCAAAGCCAUCAGCUAUGUGCAUAGGAAGCGGGUUGGGACGGCGCCGAAAGCGAAGAUCUAG